CUUUCACUAUAAAAAACACACCACAGGCCCCCGUAAUGAUCAUUGCCAUCACAGUUCUCUCUUUCAAUUGGUUCAGAGCUCUUGAUUCAGCUCCAAGAUCAUCCAUUCCUUGAUCUACAAUGUCUGGCCGUGGCAAGGGAGGCAAGGGCUUGGGAAAGGGUGGAGCCAAGCGUCAUCGCAAGGUCCUCCGUGAUAACAUCCAGGGCAUCACCAAGCCUGCCAUCAGGCGUCUGGCCAGAAGAGGAGGCGUGAAGCGUAUCAGCGGUCUGAUCUACGAAGAAACCAGAGGGGUGCUCAAGAUCUUCCUUGAGAACGUUAUCAGAGACGCUGUGACCUACACUGAGCACGCUCGUCGCAAGACCGUGACGGCUAUGGACGUGGUGUACGCGCUCAAGAGGCAGGGCAGGACUCUCUACGGAUUUGGUGGUUAGGGUUUGUGAAUGGAAAGUCUCGCAGCCUAGAAGCGAAGGCGUUGUGUAGAGGCUAAUUUUAGGGUUUAUUUUCUUGGAUUUAAUGGGAUGUACUGCUCCAUAUCUUUGGGCAUCAUUUUGUGAUAUAUUCUGAAAUGAAAACGGACGGUAUUUUGAGCAUUAA